AUGGAAAUCAACCAGGAGCUUCAGUUGCAGCUAGAAAAGUACAAGCCGGACUUCAGAGACCUCACAGAGAAAUUCCUCGUAUCCCAAGCUACUGCUUACUCCCUGGCCAAUCAUCUGCAGAAAUACAAGUGUGAAGGAUGUAAGGACAUCGUUGAAUCCGUGCUGGGGGAGAAGCUACCCGUUGAGGUGCGGAGUCCAGCAGAGAAGCUGGCAGAGAAGCCAACACUUGAUGAAAGGUUGAGGACGUGUGACGUCCUAAUUCGAAGUCAGGCACGAGAGCUGACCCAGUUACGGCAGACACUACAGGAUAGGAAAGAUGACUCUGUCCUGCUCAAGCAGCACCUCAAGGACCUCCUCACCCACAAUGACCUGAACAACUACCAGGGGCAGGGCUUCCGAGAGAGCCUGUCUGAGGGAUACCGCCUGGCAGAGCGCCUUGCCUGCAAGCUCAGCCCAGAAAAGACGAAUGAUCAUGAUGACCUGAAAGGACCAGAGGUGGUUGCCCCGAGGUUCAGCAGACAGAUGCCACAGAUGGUAGAAGAUGGUGUCCCACAGAACUCUCUGGAUGACUAUUAUCUGACUUACUCGGUGCUUCCUAACCUGUCAGACUCCUUCUGGCCUUAUAGGAGCACAGCUGUCUUCUCACCUGAGGACCUGGAUGCCUCUUAUGCUCGGGAUGUAACCAGUCACCUGCUGUCACGAUGGGUCCAGGUGGACCUUGAAUUUGGCUGUGCCGAAGCCAUUGAAAACUGUGGAGCUCUAUCUCAGAGACACUGA